CGUUGCAGACAUCAGUUCAGCUAACGAUUUCGUGCUCUUAACGGUCCUCAGUCACUCGAGAUCUCCUCACAGCCUCCUCCACAGGAAUCAGCGUCCAGUCGUCCUUCGUCCUUUUAGCUACGUGUUCGCGUCGUGUGUCCGUUUGCCGUUCGUGCUCGAUUAACAAAAUGAAGUACUUUGUUGCCAUCGCUCUGCUGUUCGCCGCCGCUCAGGCCGUUCCCAUCGAGCUGGGCCACUACGCCCCGGCGCUGGUGCACCACGCGCCCGUCCUGUCGCACGCCGUCCACGCCGUCCAUGCCGUCCACGCCGAGCCGGUGGCCUAUCCCAAGUACUCCUUCAACUACGGCAUCAAGGAUCCCCACACCGGCGACAUCAAAUCGCAGGCCGAGGAGCGCGACGGUGAUGUGGUGAAGGGCCAGUACUCCCUGGUGGAGCCCGAUGGUUCGGUGCGCACCGUUGACUACACCGCCGACGAUCACAAUGGAUUCAAUGCCGUGGUCCACAAGACCGCCCCCACCAAGAUCAUCGCCCAUGCGCCCGUACUGCAUGCCGCCCCCGUGCUGGCCCACGCCCCCCUGCUGCACCACUACUAAACGGCGGGAGCCUGACUUAGUCACCAAGGUGCUCUCCCUGUCGCUCUCAUCCAUCCACAACCACAACAGAAACAUCAUAGGAACAACAAACAGAAAAACGAACAAAAAACAACAAAAAAAAAUCAAACAACAAACAAACAAACAACGAAAAUGAAAAUUCUUUUGUAAGUAAGCGUAGCUAAGAGUUUAGUAGACACGGGACCGACUUAGGGGGCGUGUCCCGGCACCCGGCUGAUCCUGGCAUGGCAUAAGGACGAAGGAAAAACGAACAGAAAACAAAAUAAACCAGAAAUUCUCAUAACGACUUGGCACUCGGAAUGACUUGAUCGCGGAUGAUAAAGCCCAUAAAGGAUAACAAUCGGAAUUAGAGUGACAAGUUUUUCCACAUGAUAUAUGUUAUAAUCGUUUGUAUAUAUGUAUGUACGACUAACCGAAACCGAUUUUCCUGGCAAACUUUUAGCAAGCAUUGCUCCGAGAAAUUCAUUUCAUGGAUGGCACAAAGGCUUCUCCCAAGACUUUUCCUCACUCUGUACAUGGAACUUUAUUUAUAUGCCUAGUGCUUUUACCUUUCCAAUCUAUACUUUUGUAAUAUAUUUAUGACUGUCUCUGCUCUGAGCUAUUUUUUCCCAUUCUAUGACCUACAUUCUUAAGAAGCCUUUGUAGUGACUGUCAAACUGUGGCCAGCAUCCUUAAACUGCCACGCCCCAUUGAGAGCAGCGGUGGGCGUGCUAACUUGUGUGCCAUUGCGGGACUUGCUAACAGUUUGGCAGGCUCAAUAAAAAAAAAUGUCCUUGGAGCGCAGAAGAUAGCCCGUGAUGGCCGGUCAUUGUGCAUUAGUAGCUAGUACUCUAGAAUUUCCACGCUGUUAUCCUCGUGACCUCAUUCCGCCUCUUUCUUCCACUCUCACCCGUCUCACUCACUCACCGACUCACUAUCUCUCACUCUCUCUCUCUUUUAAUGUCUCUCACUCACUCACUCUCAGUCUGACACCUUGUAUCUAGUUUCAUUUUUUUGCAUUUAGUAUUUUUCACAUUUAUUGUGUAUUUAUAAACAAUUAUGCAGCUUAAUUAUAAACAAACAAAACUAAGAAAAAACAAACGAAAAAAUACAACAAAAAAAUAAACAUUGUACUCAAUUAGGAGGAUAAACGAAGGAAAACAAACUCUCACAUGUCUCUCACGUCUCAAAAGUUCAUUUGAGUCUUACACUUAUGUACUAUAUAUUCCCCAUAAACAAUUGUAUGCAAAAACAACAACAAAAGCAGCAGCAAACAGCAAACGAAAUGCGAAAAC